AUGCUGGACGCCAGCAGGCACGAUGCCGCCGACUGGCAACGAUGGGCGAUCCGCUUGCAGGAGGCCGCCGUGAACAUCAAGGGGCUGACGAGGGAGGGCUAUGCGGUCUUCCAAGUCGCAGGCCGAGACCUCGGGGAUUGGCUGGUCGAGCUCGGCAUCAAGAACUACGGCGAUUACCACAAGUCUGAGAGGCGCAGGGGGUUGUUUGAGAACCUCAGGGGCGCAUGCCGUCUGGAUGCUGGUCCGUUUGACCUCGGCGGCAGCGGCGGCGUCUCCAACGUCUCGCUGAGGGCGGACUUGAUGCUGCCAUGGUUGUUGUAUAAGUUCGCUCACUCUGCCGAUCACCACGGGCGUUCGCCCCUUACGAGCACCGUCGGGGCGUGGUUGCAGAUGUCAGUUGAUGGCUUGAGCCGCGCCCCACUGGCUGACGCGUUGACUGUGGAUGCCCACUUCGAGGGCAGAUUGGUGCCUGAUCGUUUGACGCUGGACCACGUUACUGGAGUUGUCCGCGGCUGGGGAGAGGUCGUUGCCGCUAGCCCACGCAUUGCCAGGGGCUGGUCUGCGUUCUUGGCAGGCGCAGGCAAGCUCAGCAAUAUUCGCGUGCCUGGGGAGUCAACUUCUGUAACAUCAGUUGCGCUGCACCUGGCGUCGGAUUUGUCCUCGCGCGUUGGCGAGGCCAGGCAGACAUUUCGCCCCGGUGCUCAGGCGUUGCUGUCAUUCCUCUGCAAGGCGCUUGCCAUCGGCAUGGAAGCUUACAUCCUGUACCACCACAUCCCCGUGCAGGAUCCUGGGAUGCGGGGCCGACUGGAGGAGCUGAGAUGCGCGGGGCGCCGUCGGCGCCUCGAUCCCCAGGCAAUCGUCGCCGCCAUGCAGCGGGCGAGGGAGGUCGCUGGCUCGUCCAACCAGCCGGUGACGGCGGUGAUCGGGUCGAAGGACCUUGACGGCAGGAUCAGCUACGCGAUGUCGAGGACGCACAGGGACAUAAUCAAGAAUUCGUUCAAGCAUGCGGCCACUUUGGCCAUGACUUGGGACCCAGGCGGGUACUCCAGGCGCUCUUACAACAUCGGCCUGAUCGCCCACACCGCAGUCGCCGCUGGUGACACCGUCGCGGGGGACAUGUGCCCGAAGGCGAGGCCCAUCUCGUACGCGAUUGCCGCAGAUUUUGCUUUCAAGGCGGCCCGCAAGAAUAUCGACUUGCAGUACUUAGCUGACGACCCCGAGCUGUCCGAGGCGUGGGCCCCGGACAAGCUGGACAGGGAGGCUGCGUUUUUAACCAUGUGCGUUGUCCUCGCGGAGCUCGUUCAUAUCACUGGUAGACAACUUGCGGACUUCUGCGCCCCAUCCAACAUGGACUUGCGGCCAGUUCAGAACGGUGAGAAGCGACUCCUACUAGACGGAGCGCAGUUUCUUUUCAACGAACAUGAGGCGACAGCUGCAGUGGAGAUACCGCCGCAUUUAUGGACUUACCCUUUUGUGAUUGUCACUCACACGACCGAUCGGAACUCGAUCAACUCGUCGUUGUUGCAUUUCUUCACUGCCGAGAAGUAUUUGCUCGUUCCCUAUUUUGACCCGAUGCAUGCUCUGUGGAUUGCUCUCAAGAACAGUGCUAUGCGCGCAGGGCCAUGGUCGGGGAAAAAGAAAGGCUACAUGUGGAAGAGUGUGCUUGAGUUCGCCACGAUUUGCAGCAUGAGCUCUGGGCCGUAUCGUUCAGGACAGUGGUUCGAUCUCAAGAAGGAGAGACUCGGGUCAGAAAGCUGA